AUGCUUCGCAACUCCAUCACCGCCCUAGCCGGCCUCCUAGGCGCCACAUCAGCCUUCGAAUUCUACACCUUUGACGGCCCCGGCUCGCCAUCAUGCCACAACGUCGUCGAGGUCCACAACGCAACCAGCGUCGCCGAGAUGGCCUCGCUCGUCAAAGACGCCUCCCGCCGCGGCCUACAGGUGCGUGCCGGCGGCAAAGGCCACAUGUGGUACGACACGCAGUGCUCCGACAACGAGACCGUCAUCAUCCGCACUGAGUUUGUCAACGGCAUCUCCGACUUUGACCUCGAGGGCGGCAGCGUCGUGGUUGAGGGCGGAGUGACCUUUUUCCAGCUCGCCGAGUAUCUGCAUGAACGGGGGGCCAAUAUCGGCACGGGCUUGGUGAACUGGAACAUUACGCUCGGGGGCAGUAUCGCCAUGGGUGCGCAUCGUACGUCGCUGAGGGAGGAUGCCGUGGUGGUUGGCGGCGUGCUGGCGCUGGAAAUCAUUGACGGUAAUGGAGAUAUUCGAACAGUUUUUAGAGAUGAGAGUAAUGAGGAUUGGCUUGCUGCGUCGACGUCUUUGGGUUUGUUGGGGAUUAUUGCGCGGAUCAAGAUGCAAAUCUUCCCAGAGAGCAAAGUAUACGCCAUGCAAACGACUCUUCAAGAGAAUGAUGUUCUCAACGGCGAUAUCUAUAAGCUCAUCUCGCCAUAUCUGACAGCCAAUUUCUGGUGGUGGCCCUCCCAGCACAAAUUCCACUGGCGCACCUACGACAUCGUUCCCACAAACACAAGCAGCCAGCUCGGCUUCCAAUCCACCUUCUCCGUCACCGCCCUCGAAGCCGGCGCCGCCGUCGUCCUCCUCAACAGCGGCAAAUACAGCUCCAUCCCCAACCUCGCCGCCGAGGGCAUCUUCUUCGGGCUCUGGGAGAAGCCAAACUUCCACGACAAGGUCACCGACGCCGAAAUCACCGACUGGCCCGUCUACGGCUGGAACUACGACGUGCUGAUUGGCGGCCUGUAUCCCGGACAGAAACCCGAGUGGGAAUACGGGCUGAAAGGGUACACGCUCGAACUGGCCUUUCCCGUGACGAGGGCAAACGAGGUGCUGAAGCGGAUUCGGGCCCUGUUCGAUGCGGAAACGGCAAAGGGGAUGCCCAUGGCGUCGACGUACCGGAGCGGCAUCAACAUCAAGUUUGGCAAGGCGCAUUUUGAUUUCCUGGGGCAGGUCACGACGGAUACUGCUGAUGGGCAGGACUGGAGCAAGGGCGCCAUCAUGUUUGAUUUCCCGUCUUUUCGACCUAGUCUUGGAGAUGAGAAGCGAUACAACGAGGCAUUCUACAUCAAUUUGGCCAAUACAUUGGUUGACGAGUUCCCAUGCCGGCCUCACUGGACAAAGAAUACCCGUGAUGUCUUCAAGCGCGCAGUCAAAAACUUGGAUCCAAGUUACCUCUCUCGCUUUAAAGCUGUGCGGCAAAAGUUCGAUCCCAAGGGCAUUUAUCGCAGCGUUGUCGGUGAAAUUAUCGGCAUGUAUGACUGA